UAAAAAUCCAUUUCUGUAUCCUUAGGAAACACGUCACAUCCUCAUGAACUACGAACAUCCUCCACCAUAUCCUGGCCCAGGCGCAACUGCCCCAUACCCACCAUAUACACAGCAACCAGGUGGGCCACCGGGUCCUGGUCCAUAUCCUGGCUACCCACCAGGGCCUACAGGGCCAUAUCCAGCAGGUGAACCAGGCUACCAAGGCUAUCCAGCCUAUGGGUGGCAGAAUGCUCCCCAACAAGGAUGGCAGAAUGCUCCCCCACCUCCAGGACCGGUCUAUGCAGAUGGACCUAAAAAUACAGUGUAUGUUGUGGAAGAGCGGCGAAGGGAUGACUCGGGCGAAAGUGCCUGCCUGACGGCGUGUUGGACUGCACUGUGCUGCUGCUGCCUUUGGGACAUGCUGACCUGAGUGCCCUGAGAAGCCACGCCUCUCAAUACCUCUUAACUCGGAGUGCUAUGCAUUCGUCUCCUCUUCCUCCUCGACAGCUUUUUAGUACUGUUAUAAAUGAUCUGCUUUGCACAGGCGACAGUAACACGUGUCUGCCAUAGAGAUAGCACCAUGAUGUUGGUUAUGCACUUUUUAGUUUUAGUGGAGGAAAACUUCACCCACCCACCCCUUUAUAGCAUAUGUUUCUAAGACUUUAUGGUUGUUCUUUAAAGAAUGUGCUAAAUACUUUUGUUGUUGUUGGCAAAAUAGCUUUUACUACAAAUUAUGUAUUUAUAAUUUUUACCAUUCUUUAAAAUGGAAUAAUAUGCAAUAAUUUAAGCCAAUCAUUUAUGUUUUUCUUACUUACUUCCACUUCUGUUUUAAUAAACUUCGUCCAAUAAAGA